AGAUGCACAGCGGAGGUCGCUACCCCUGAGCUCUUCCAAAAAUCUUAUUAGGCAGCACCUCUAGACUGGAGCGGUUGGGAAGAGUGAGAUAGCAUUGUCACAUAGUUACAGAAUGGAUUUUAUUUUUACAGAUCUUCCUAUAUGUUUUUUGCCUUGAUCCAUCCACUUCCCGCCGAUAUCGGACGGAGCCUUUCUGCCGAUUAUGAAUUUGAUCAACACAUAUUUGGAAGGAAAUCUACACAGUUUUGACAAGAUCUGAAAAUUGAGUUGCCAGAGAAAUAUUAGGACACAUUUUUAAUCAUUUUGGUGCCAAAAGGGAGGCAAGAGCUCAGUUUUAUAUUGGGACAUUAUCCCGGCUGAAGGCAGAGAAUGUUUUUACCUGCCAGGACCUGAUGCAAUCCAUUCAAGCCAACAAGUUUGGAGAGAAUGUUGAGUUCAAUCAAUUCAGAACGUCGAGAUGGAGCCCAACUCACUCCAGUGGGUCGGCUCACCGUGUGGCUUGCACGGACCUUACAUUUUCUACAAGGCUUUUCAAUUCCACCUUGAAGGCAAACCAAGAAUUUUGUCCCUUGGCGACUUUUUCUUUGUAAGAUGUACGCCAAAGGAUCCGAUUUGCAUAGCGGAGCUCCAGCUGUUGUGGGAAGAGAGGACCAGCCGGCAACUUUUAUCCAGCUCUAAACUUUAUUUCCUCCCAGAAGACACUCCCCAGGGCAGAAAUAGCGACCACGGCGAGGAUGAAGUCAUUGCAGUUUCUGAAAAGGUCAUUGUGAAAAUUGAAGACCUCAUCAAGUGGGUACAUUCCGAUUUCUCCAAGUGGAGAUGUGGCCCCCGUGUUGGGUCAUUGAAAACCGAGGUCUUGGGGAGGAAUGGACAGAAGGAAGCACUUCUCAAGUACAGACAGUCAACCCUAAACAGUGGACUCAACUUCAAAGACGUUCUCAAGGAAAAGGCUGACCUUGGGGAGGACGAAGAAGAAACGAAUGUGAUUGUCCUCAGCUAUCCUCAGUACUGCCGGUACCGCUCGAUGCUGAAACGCAUCCAGGAUAAGCCUUCUUCCAUCCUAACGGACCAGUUUGCGUUAGCCUUGGGCGGCAUUGCAGUAGUCAGCAAGAAUCCACAGAUCCUGUAUUGCCGGGACACCUUUGACCACCCAACUCUCAUAGAAAAUGAGAGUAUUUGCGAUGAAUUUGCGCCAAAUCUUAAAGGCAGACCACGCAAAAAGAAAUCAUGCCCACAGAGAAGAGAUUCCUUCAGUGGCGUUAAGGAUUCCAACAAUAAUUCUGAUGGCAAAGCUGUUACCAAGGUGAAAUGUGAGGCCAGGUCAGCCCUGACCAAGUCGAAGAAUAACCAUAGUAACUGUAAGAAAAUCUCAAAUGAAGAAAAGCCAAAGGUUGCCGUUGGUGAAGAGUGCAGGGCGGAUGAGCAGGCUUUCCUUGUGGCGCUUUAUAAAUACAUGAAAGAAAGGAAAACACCAAUAGAACGAAUACCCUAUUUAGGUUUUAAACAGAUUAACCUUUGGACUAUGUUUCAAGCUGCUCAAAAACUGGGAGGAUAUGAAACAAUAACAGCCCGCCGUCAAUGGAAACAUAUUUAUGAUGAAUUGGGUGGUAAUCCUGGGAGCACCAGCGCCGCCACUUGUACUCGCAGACAUUAUGAAAGAUUAAUUCUCCCGUAUGAAAGGUUUAUUAAAGGAGAGGAAGAUAAGCCCCUGCCUCCAGUCAAACCUCGGAAACAGGAGAACAGUUCACAGGAGAUUGAGAAUAAAACAAAAGUAUCAGGAACCAAGCGCAUCAAACAUGAAAACCCUAAGAGCAAGAAAGAAAAAGAGAAUGCCCCAAAGCCCCAGGAUGCAACAGAGGUUUCAUCAGAGCAAGAGAAGGAACAAGAGACUUUAAACCAGAAAAGUGUCAGUGAACCUCUCCCAGCAACUGGAAUGAAGAAGAAAAUGGAAGGGUACCAGGAUUUUGCAACAAGGCCCUCAGCACCCCGAGCAGACCCAGAAAAGGACAAUGACAUAGACCAAGGUUCCAGCAGUGAGAAGCCAGCAGAGCAGGGACCAGAGAAAGGGCCUGCACCUCCGCUCCCAACUACACCUCCGGCUCCAGAAACAGACCAAGCCGUGGUCCCAGGGGCUGGCAACCAGUCAGUCCCCUCUGCCAAUGCCCAAGUGGACUCAAAGCAAGACCCCAAACCCUGCCCUUUUACAGAGAAUCCUGACAGUGAACUCCAAGAAGCAGCCUUCCCCAGCUUCCCCACCACACAGCCCCCCCUGGCCAACUCCAGUGAGCUGGAAGACGGUAAGGUGCCAGCCAUGGCAGACUACAUUGCUAACUGUACGGUAAAGGUUGACCAGCUUGGCAGUGAUGACAUCCACAAUGCACUCAAGCAGAGCCCUAAAGUCCUGGUGGUCCAGUCAUUUGACAUGUUUAAGGACAAAGACCUGACCGGGCCCAUGAAUGAGAAUUAUGGGCUCAAUUACACACCCCUCCUUUACUCAAGGGGGAACCCAGGCAUCAUGUCACCUCUGGCCAAGAAAAAGCUUUUGUCUCAAGUGAGUGGGGCCAGCCUCUCCAGCAGCUACCCCUACGGCUCCCCACCUCCUUUGAUCAGCAAAAAGAAGCUGAUCGCCAGGGACAACUUGUGUUCAGGCUUGCCACAGUCUCACCACGGCCACAGCACUGACCACAUGACAGUCAGCCGGCCGUCUGUGAUCCAGCAUGUCCAAAGUUUCAAAAGCAAGCCCUCUGAGGACAGGAAAGCCAUCAAUGACAUUUUUAAACAUGAUAAACUGAGUCGAUCGGAUGCCCACCGCUGCAGCUUCUCCAAGCAUCACCUGAGCCCCCUCACGGACUCCUACGUCCUCAAGCAAGAACUUCAGGAGGGCAAGGAUAAACUCUUAGAAAAAAGAGCACUCCCCCAUUCCCACAUGCCAAGCUUCCUGGCUGACUUCUACUCGUCCCCUCAUCUCCACAGCCUCUACAGACAUACCGAACACCAUCUUCAUAAUGAGCAGACAUCCAAAUAUCCUCCCAGGGAUAUAUACAGGGAAUCAGAAAACAAUUCCUUUCCUUCCCAUAAACACCAAGAAAAGCUCCCUGUCAAUUAUCUGACAUCUCUGCAUCUGCAAGACAAAAAGUCAGCCACAGCGGAAGGCCCCACAGAUGAUCAACCAACGGAUCUGAGCCUUCCCAAGAACCCGCACAAACCGACAGGCAAGGUCCUGGGCCUGGCCCACUCGGUCACUGGGCCCCAGGAGAGCAAAGCCACCUCUCAGUUCCAGGUCAUCGGCAGCCAGAGUCGAGACUGUCACCCCAAAGCCUGCCGGGUAUCACCCAUGACCAUGUCGGCCCCUAAAAAAUAUUCAGAGUCACUUUCGAGAUCAGGAAAGCCUCAUCAUGUGAGACUGGAAAACUUCAGGAAGAUGGAGGGCAUGGUACACCCCAUCCUGCACCGGAAAAUGAGCCCUCAGAACAUUGGUUCAGCGCGUCCUAUAAAGCGCAGCCUAGAGGAUUUGGACCUGGUUAUUGCUGGGAAAAAGGCCCGGGCAGUGUCGCCACUGGAUACAUCCAAGGAGGGUUCUGGGAAAGAGAAGGUCUCUGACCAGGAGAGUGAAGGAGGCAAGGCUGUGCACAGUGGGCAUUCUGGGGGUGGUGCAGAAGGCCACAAGCUCCCCCUUUCUUCCCCCAUCUUCCCAGGUCUGUAUUCUGGGAGCCUGUGUAACUCCAGGCUCCCAGCUGGAUAUUCUCAUUCUCUGCAGUACUUGAAAAACCAGAGUGUUCUUUCUCCACUCAUGCAGCCCCUGGCUUUCCACUCACUUGUGAUGCAAAGAGGAAUCUUCACAUCACCGACAAAUUCCCAGCAGCUGUACAGACACUUGGCCGCAGCCACACCUGUAGGAAGUUCAUACGGUGACCUUUUGCACAACAGCAUUUACCCUUUAGCUGCUAUAAAUCCUCAAGCUGCCUUUCCAUCUUCCCAGCUGUCGUCCGUACACCCCAGUACAAAACUGUAAGCCUGACUCUUCCCAGCGUUCCCCAACGGCGCAACUCAGAGAGCCUCACUUCUUACCCUGGAAGGAUGUUGUGUAGAACUGGAAGUCAGUAUUCCUUCUAAUGUGUGGGGGUGAGAACAUUCAGAGCCAAACGACCAGCUGAAAGGUGAGGUGACCAUGCCUGGCUUUUUCUGGGGUGACUUCUGCCUUGGAUGGCCAAUCUUGACCCCUCUCCAACAUGGGUGCCCCUGCACUCCCACGUCACUUCAACUUUGCAAGUGGAUUCUGAGAAGGGAUUUAUGGGUACAGGAAGAACUUAGAGGAACCCAUCUGCAUUCAGAUGAUCAGGCAACAAUCUGGGGCAAAAAAAAGGGGGUGGGGUGGGGACAGCAGGCAUUUCAAAGGAAGGGGCAAGGAAGCCGGCAAACUUAUGCCUAGGGAUGCCCCUCUUUUCAUCAAACUCUCCAAGGUUCAAUCAAUGCAAUGUAUAGUGAAACUUCAAUAGAUCUUUCCUGUUGACACUAUUAAACAAUCCAGAGAAGUAAAACACUGUUAAAUUGACUGUAUAUAUUUGCUUCUUAAGACUACCCGUAUCACUGUUUGCUUACCUAAUUUAUAUACAGGUAGUUUCAUUUUCUCCCAAUUCCUUUUUUUUUUUUUUUUUUAAUUAAACAGUAUCUCUUUUGUUUGGGGUUUUGUUUUGUUAUGUUUCAAAGGCUGACUGACUGUCCCAGUUGUUGAUAUGUGUUUGUAAUUUUCCCACAUCUUAUUUUGAGCAGCUUUGGGUGGUAACGUUAUUGUUUACAAAUUGAAGCAACUGAUUCUAAUGGAACAAUUGGAAAAGAGACAGUCGGGCUCAUCAGAGUGCAAAGAGCACUCCUUUGCAGAUCAGCAACGUAAGGAUUUUGUUCCUCAUAAAUGGCAAAGUUGAAAGAGCUUAGACACUGCUUACCCAGCCAAAUGCUUUGCUUUGAAGUACUUACUGGGUUAUGUGAAAAUAUUGAGCAUUGUACUUACCUUAUCUAGGCUGUGAAACUGUCCUACAUACCAGAGGAAUCAUAAAAACAAAAACCUCAUUGGCAGCAAGCUGCUGAAUAACAAGAGUCUAGAGGACAUAUUUGUGGGCUGCACAGAUAUUUUAGGAAUUUCAGAAAUUAGAACAGGAGCCAAAAUGAUUUACAUUGGUGUUGGCCCUGAUCCCUUUAAAUGGUCUGGGAAAGGGGGUUGGGAACAGGAUGGAGCUGACUGUGUGGACAGAGAACCAGCAAAUGGAGGGCUGAACUUUCCCUAGCUGGGGUCUUUUGAGUAGUGGGGUUAGCAUCAUGUUCCUCCAUCAAGUUGACAUCAUUCCCAAGAAGAACCUCCCAGGUCAUACAUCUUUGGGGAUAAUUGGCAGAGUGGAUUUACCCAUUUCCAAAGCAAGUUAGCAUCUUUGGGUUUGUGAGGCGUGAAUUUUGUUUGUGUGCACGCACAUAAGGUGGCUUGUUUCAUUUUUUUAAAACCAUCUGGCAACACAGUCCACUCUAUGUUGUCUUGUAUCGUUGGAAAUAAUGGCCAAGCUGUUCAAGCAGUGAAAAGAUGGGGAGACUGUGCAGCAUCAUUCUUGCUACACUAUCCCAUUUGCUGCUGAGCUAUAACAUCCAGGUGAACACGUUUUCUAACUGUAUUAAAGUCGGUCAAUAAUAGAUCGGAUUUUCUUUCCAAGUUCCAUCCCUACGAAGAAUUCCCCCAGCUCUCCCAAUCCCCAACACUACCAGUAGACAUUAGGACCAUAGUUAACCAGGUCUUUUACAUCCAACAUAUUUAAGUCUAUGAAAAUUUAUGAGUUUUCAACUUUGAGAUAAGUAACUCAAGUACAAAAUAAUCAAAAUGGAUUAACAAUGAAACUGCGGCUCUUAAGUCAAGCCAUGCAUGCCAUCCAUUUGUAUUGAAAUGUCUCCAUGAUAUGAAGCCAAAUAUACAAUGUAACAUACUUACUAUCCAAAGGUGCAAACAAAAGAAUGUAGCGAUUCAGUGUUAAGAGUUCCAUUUGCUUCAAUUAAUUAUUUACCUUCCUGUGGAAUAAUAUAUAUAUAUAUAUAUUUAAUAAAAUAGAUAGGCUAGUAGAAUUUAGAUUAUCAAUGUGUGAAUGCAGAUUAUCCUGCUAUUGCACAAGGUAGAGGGAGAAAAGAAAAAUCUCAAUUCCAGCUAGCAAAGCGCUAGCCCGGACAUAUGUAAGAAAGUUGCACUAGAUCGAAUGGUCACAGAAUCACAAGACAUGGAAGAAAAAGGAAACUUCAGUAGUUCUGCAGCAGACGUGGGCUAGAUUGUACCUGGUUUGUAAGAGUUCAUUUCUCAGAGACAAGGGAGACUGGCCCUGUUGGAGCUCACCUGUUCAUUUAGAAGAGGGGGGCAUGCAUUUUCCCCACUGUAAUGAUUUCAACCUGGUGUCAUCACGUUGGAAUUCGAUCACACCAUUUUCAAACAAUGUUGACAUAGUCCAGCUUUUGUUUUUCUCACCUCUUCCGAGAGGAGACCCACUGUUUCUAUCUGAGAAAGCUCAGACCCUCCACAAACCAUCAGGACAAAUCAAAGAGAUAUGGGGGUAUAUGUUCCCAACAGAAGCAGUGGGUUAUUUGUUUUAAAACUCUGAACAGAAAUCUUGGAAAUCUUUCAAAAAGACCAUUGAAUUCUUCAUUGGCUGAGAACUACUUUUUUGAAAAAGUCUUAAAUAGGGCUUUGUUUGCAUUGUUUGAGUUCAAGGGGCCUUAUUAUUGAAUGGAAUUGCACAAGCCUUGCUUUGUGCAAUCAAACCAUUGUUAUUGGUAGUUUUGUAAAGGAAACUGUGGAAUCUAAUUGGCAAUGGAGUCAUAAAUAUAUUUACUGAGUGUGGCUUCCAAGAAAUGUUGCAAUUCAAAAUGCACUAAGUACAUGAUUUAUUGGAGAUUUGGAGAUUUUAAAUAAUAGUUUUUAAACCUUUCCAUGCAACUUCUGGUUUAACUUUUGGCAACACAAAACAGAGCCCGAGUUUCAGAAUUAAGUAAUCUCAUAGUAAGUGAUUCGAACAUGUAAUAUUUGCCACAGGACUGACUUAUUUAUUUUCUAUCUCGAAGCUCUUAAGUUCACUUGUUUAUCAGGGCAUAUACAGAAGGGUUUGUUAAAACUCAUCGUUGACUUUACAACUUUCUGACCUGGUGCAUGAAUUCUCAAGUACUGUAUUUCACUGUGUUGGUGUGUCUGAUGGAAAUUUCAAGGUGAUCCCACACACACAAAAAGAUAUUUUAUGUAGUGUGCCUUCAAAGAGAACCAUUUAUUUCUCUUCACUUGUUCCACAAAGUCACAUUUGGUGGUGGUCAGCCAAGUCCCAUCUGGUCCAGUUUUACUCUUGUCCCAAUUUAAAAGAGAAACGGGAGAAGAUUUCGCCCUGGUGAGACCCACACCAUUGCAAUGAGUAUCUUAAGCACUUAAAUUUCAGUGUUGGCUGUUGAUGUAUUUGAUAUUCUGCUUGUCUCCCCAUGGUUGAAAUAUGUCUGAAGAAUGGCAGCAUAAUCUCUUGGCUGUUUAUACUUUUUUAAACUUUCCUGUGUUGUAAAUAUUGUAUACUUUUGGUGAUUCCAGCUAUGUAACCUCUAUGCUCUGUAAGGUGAUUAUUUGUAUAUAGCAACAUGGCCCAGUGAUAUUAUAUAAUUUCCCAAUGGAGAGGUUAUUGAGUAACCUUUGCAUUAGUUUAAACACUACCAGAAGAAUGCUGAGCCAACUAUAAACACUCAAUUUUGUAUGUUUUCCAAAUUGUACUUAUUACUGCUUUUGAUACUGUAUUACGUGCCAAUAGUUUCCCAAUCACAUAGCAGGCAAGAGAUAUUUUGUACUUUUUGAUCCACUGUAAUAUUUAAUAAAAAAUGUUACUAUCUGUUUCCUUU